CAAUAAUUUGGGAACCCCAUCCCCCAACCUUCCAUAUCUCGUAGACUACCUGCACGAUUCAGCUCGUUGCGACGACGUGAGCUGUGCCGCUUCUCUUCAAUUUCCGCGGAUCCCGUGGUGAACCACGAACUCGGAGACUCUUGCUUGCUUUUAUUUCACCUCGACGGCGUAAAAGCUUCGUUCUUUCACUCAACCCCGAUUUUUAUUUACUCAAUCCGGGUUAUCAAUCCAAGCUUCAACAAUUCAUUGCAUUUGCCUUUUUUCCUCCCUUACUAUAUAUAGCCGUUUCCCAUUCUCUGACCUGAUAGCGGAAGGUGUAAGACCAUCAUGCACUCUCUCAUCAAUUUCAAGAGCGCCCUCGUGGCAAUUGUCUUAUACAUAUUCUACCGCAUUAUCGUGUCCAAGUUAGCCUCAUUCCGGAAUGCACAAAAAGCAAAGGCACUCGGCUGCGAGCCAGUAUAUAUGCGCCCAAACCGACUCCCUUUUGGGAUUGACCAGUAUGUGAUUCUUGCCCAUGAAUUCAGAUCUUGGACAUAGUGGCCAACAUGGAGCUUUCUGCUCCCUCUCCCCUCCCCCUUCACCCCUCGAUCUUCAUUCUCUGUAGGGAGAUAUAAAUGCUGAUGUACCGUAGUUUAUUGGUUUCAAUCAAUGCUGUCAAGGACGGAACCUUCCUCACCGUGAUCGAGGACUUUUUCGUGGAUAUCGGUGGCCGCCAUACCUUCUCAACAUCGGUGCUUGGUGGUAUCGAAACUCUUACUGUGGAGCCAACCAACAUUCAAGCCAUGCUAGCUACCCAAUUUGAAGACUUUGAUCUUGGAGAUAGACGAAGAGGUACAAUGGAUCCUUUCCUGGGAUCGGGCAUUUUUACUCAAGAUGGAAAGAGGUGGCAGCAUUCUCGCGCUAUGCUGAGACCCCAAUUUGUGAGAGAGCAAGUCAGUGAUCUUGUGACGGAAGAAGAACAUGUUCAGAACUUGUUCAGCGUGUUGCCAACCCCCUCGACUGAUGGCUGGACAGCUGAAGUGGAUUUACAACCGCUUUUUUUCAAUUUGACACUUGACGCGGCUUCACAGUUUUUGCUUGGCGAAUCGACAUACAGUCAACUUACCGAUCCUACGUCCGACAAGAGGGUUGCUGACUUUGCCAAAUGUUUCGAUGUUGGCACUCGUGGACUCUCUAAGAAAUUUUCCUACGGUCCAUUUUCGACGUUGUUGCAUCCUACAGGGUGGAAAGCAGCAGUCUCCACAUGCCACAAUUUUAUUGAUGAUGUUAUCGGCAAGCGUCUUGAAAACAUGGAUAGGAAGAAAAUCGUUGGGGAUUCAGAAGAUGAGAGGAAUCGCUACGUCUUCUUGGAAGCACUGGCUCAGGAGACUCGAGAUGUUUUAGAGCUUCGAUCGCAGAUUCUUAACAUUCUUCUUGCCGGACGAGACACCACAGCUGCCACCCUUGGUUGGACCUUCUUCCAACUUGUUCGCCACCCAGAAGUCUAUCAAAGAUUGCGUAAAAUCAUUCUCCGCGAAUUUGGAACGUAUUCGGAAUGCGUACCGCAUAGGGAUAUUUCGUUUCAAAAGUUGAAAAGCUGCUCUUAUCUUCAACACACCUUGAGCGAGACUCUCAGGCUAUUUCCUGUGGUUCCUUGGAACAACAGAGUUGCUAACAAAGAUACGAGUCUGCCUACCGGAGGUGGUCCAGAUGGGAAGAGGAAGAUUUUCGUUCCUAAGGGAGGACAAAUCAGCUACUCGGUUCAUGUGAUGCAACGAAGAAAAGACCUCUGGGGCGAAGACGCAGCUGAAUUCAAGCCAGAGAGGUGGGAGGGAAGAAAAAUGGGCUGGGACUUUAUACCUGUAAGUAACACACAGACCUGCCUUGAGUUUUUGAUGAGGAUUGAUAAUGACAAACCGCUCCCUAGUUUAAUGGUGGCCCUCGAAUCUGUUUGGGACAACAAUAUGCCAUAACAGAGGCAAGCUAUAUUAUCGUCCGACUCCUCCAAAGGUUCGAUGACAUGAAGAACAUGGAUCCAAGCCUCGAGCCUCGAUACGAAAUGGGCUUGACUGUAUGCCCAAGCGAGGUGAAAGUGAAAAUGCAUGAAGCUUGAGCUUUGUUCUUUACAUGUACAGAUAAACAUGGAUACAAGGAUACUGGCGGGGACAUAUCUAUAAUGAUACAAAUCGAGGUUCUUAGCAUAGGCGACGACAAGGCUGUAUAUUCAAGUGCUAGGAACAUAUAAUGCAGUGCCUAGUAUUGUUUAUAUAUUAGAGUAAUAUACGU